UGAACAUCGCGCGCACCAGAAAUUUACUUAAAACAUUUGUUGAGAUAUGCAUGACGAACGAAUCUUAUACCAACGGAAUGUUCUUCAUUUUGGACUAUAAUAUGUUACCACACACGACCAUCAGUAUCAGCUAGGGUUUUGCUCAUCCUAGCUCAAGAUUUUUAGGAAGCUCAAGCUGUCGGCCCCCUUCCUUUCCUCCUCUCGUCUCCCCCUUCGCUUCCGAUCUCAGAAUGGAUUCUCAGAUUAAGCACGCCGUCGUUGUCAAAGUCAUGGGUCGAACUGGGUCGAGGGGGCAGGUGACUCAGGUGAGAGUCAAGUUCUUGGACGACAUGAACCGGCACAUCAUGAGGAAUGUGAAGGGACCAGUGAGGGAAGGAGAUGUCCUCGCCCUUUUGGAGUCCGAGAGAGAAGCAAGGAGGCUUCGUUGAGCAAUCACCUCUAUGCGUUCCCUGAUUUUUGGUAUGUCCAUAGCAGGGCUCUCUGCUGCUGUUGAUCAAAUGUGAGAGUGUCGAAUUAUAUUUUCAGUUCACCUUUUGGUUACUUUGUGUCAAAGAUUCAAAGUUCGGUAUGAAUGAAUAGUAGGAAGUAUCUCACUUUUAAUGAUGCGUUGUGAAUUUUCAUUCUUGGCUUGUGAGAUGUGAUGUCAGUUUCA